GUAGUUUCUCAAGCUACACUACAUAUGGCCGUGCGUGCGUCCGACGUUGCGUGCUGACUCCUGCUGCCGGAUGGAGAACUCGUGAUGACAGUCAGAUGCAGUACAUCAAUUGAAAGGAGCUGUGCAUCUUGAAGCGCGGAAUGAUAAGGCAUCGGAAUGAAGUCGUUCUCUCAUAUCCGCGACGGAAACGAGCAUUGCACGGCUGAGAAGGGGAAGCUCAACGUUCUACAUAAAUUCAGCGCGCCUUGGCUCCGAGAUCUGAGCGAUCGAUUGGUGCCGAGCCGGAUCGGUACUGUAAAAUGAAAAUGAGUGAAAACAUUUUCCAAACCGAGAACUUCGAUCAUUCCUCCGUGGCCAGACGCACGCUGUGGCUCACCAUUGGACCAAAAUGCGUUCCACCCCCCUCCAUCAUAAGCGUCUCCCUCACUGCCUUAUACCUGCCCGCUAACCCGCCUUUGUUCACUACCACCAUGAUAGUUUAACUUUUGAGAUACCCCCUUGUCGUGUGGCAUCUCUCUCGUUGCAGAGCCAACACCUGUAGCUUCUACUUCUUCCCUCUUUCUGUGGCUUUUCUACGCGUUCACAAAUGGUCUCGGAUUCUCCUGAUUUUCUCAAGGGAAACGGCGCGUCAUACGUCCGCGUCGCUUCGAUUGCCAUUGCUGCCUACGAUUACCUCUUGACUUUACCGGCAGAAUGGAGAUUCUACAAGGCUCAGCGGUCAUGGAGGCUCAGUGCCGGGUGUAUUCUUUUCGUUCUUAUUAGAUACAUCAGUAUCAUCACGCUUGUUAUCAGCAAUGUCGGGUUCUUCGGAACCUUCAGUGCAGAAGCAUGCAGUCAUUACUAUCUUGCCGCCCCAGUGUUCAAAGUUUUGCAGACUAUGAUUUCCCAGGUAAUUCUCGGAAUUAGGACGUACAAUAUUUCAAAACGAUCACAGCGUGUAUUAUGGACCUUGCUAAUCUUAUUUGUUCUGAUUACUGCGAUGGAAUGGUUUACUAACUUAUGGGAUCGACUACCCGCACAAAACGAUAUAAAUAAUUGUACGCCAGCAAAUAGCACCAGGCAUCUCUCAGUUUGGCUAUACUAUGUUCUUGCCAUGUCCUACGACGUCAUCACCCUCGCAAUAUCCACAUACUAUCUAAUUGGGUGGUCGGCGAACCUUCGCAAGAUGCCUAGCCUUGUCAAGUUAAUGUUUUACGAUGGUCUUGGAUAUUUCGUCGUGUUGACUGGCGCGAACAUAUUCAACCUAAUUCUUUAUCGAACGAGCGAUGAGUCCUAUCAGUCAUCGGGAGCAUCUGUCGGAUAUACUGUGACAUGGAUCAUGAGCCAGAAGAUUCUUAUACACCUUCGGGACGCUGCAGCUGAACAUCAAGUAAAACAAAUAGUCACCCGUCAACUCCAUUCUGGCGCUGAUGUCUCCCGGGCGAUGCGCUCGCAAUUCGAAGCCACUACGCAUAAAGAUCCUCUAGACGACGAGUUCAGCCUCAAAGCCCGCCAUACAACCGAUCGCAAUAACCACGGCGGACUCUAUGGUGACCGGCCAGAACAAACAAACACAGAUGCGGAACUUGAUGUACAAGUACAAAUUGAGCACACUGUGACGGUGGAUUACUUGCCUGCUGCGCUGGAUCGAGAAACCUACCGAGAGACGUACCGGCCUCACCGCUCCUCACGAUCUUCUCGUUGGGGUCCAGGGAGCUUACCUCGAUAAUACUCACGCUUCGUGCGGCUUUGCGUCACGAGAAACGAGAAGGCUUCUUAGAGAAGCGGGAAGUAAGUGGGAGAAGCAACGGCCGGGGGAAAUGAUCCAAGUAUAUUCAGUGAGAGGUCAUUUUCUCAUAGGGUUUGAGCCCGAAACGCUUGUGUCCGAUUUUUCUCCACGAGUGAUCAUGAAUGGUUAAUUUAUCAUACAGGUUUUGGGUUGCUGUGCUAAUAGCUAGGGAUUUGUAUUUGUAGGGAAUGUGCUUCACUAAGUUGUGUCUUUGUUGCUAUGUGAUCGUUUUCCGAGGGAUUUUCGUUGAAGUGGUAAACCUUCUGGACUGGUACUGGGUUUGAGCUUAUGGGACAAUGAGGGAUUGGCGGGAAGCUAACGGAGGCUAACGGGUCGAGAUAGAGAUCAGCACCGGUCGUAUGGGGACCGACUGACGCAGAUAUCAGGUACGGCGGGGAAUAAGUGGGCUGGGCCUUC